UUUCACACCUCUGAUUAUGGAUAACCCACCUCUAACCACUUCAGAAGAAGCCAAGAAACCCAGAAAGCGUUUUGUUGGACGUGCAAGGAAAUCUGCCAAUGAAUCUAAGGAAGCAGGUGCUAUUGAAGAUGGUGCUGUUGGCUUUGCAAAAGCACCUAGAGCACGUAGUGGCCGUGUAGCAAACCAAGUUCCCGAAGAAAUUCUAAACGAUCCUUUACUGAACAAAGCUAUUGAAACUAUCCCUUCCAACUAUAACUUUGAGAUCCAUAAAACUGUGUGGAGAGUAAGAAAAGCAAAGGCUAAAAGAGUUGCUCUUCAAUUACCAGAAGGUCUUAUGAUGUUUGCUUGUUUGAUUGCUGAUAUCCUCGAAGUCUUUUGUAAUGCUGAGACUUUGAUUAUGGGUGAUGUGACAUAUGGUGCUUGUUGUGUUGAUGACUAUACUGCUAGAGCUCUCGGAUGUGAUUUUUUGGUUCAUUACGGCCACAGUUGUUUAAUUCCUGUAGAUAUCACAACCAUUGAAACUUUGUAUGUAUUUGUAGAUAUUGGAAUUGAUACACAACAUUUUAUUGCUACAGUCAAAAAGAACUUUGAAAAAGGAAAAAGACUUGUCUUGGUCGGUACAAUUCAGUUUGCUGCAGCUUUACAGGCAUCUAGAGCACCACUCGAAGAAGAUUACACUGUAAUGGUGCCUCAAUCCAAACCUCUAUCACCAGGUGAAAUUCUAGGUUGUACUGCACCUAAAUUGUCAGAUAUGGAUUACAUUGUCUUUAUUGGUGAUGGUCGUUUUCAUUUAGAAUCUAUCAUGAUCCAUAACCCUCAGAUACCUGCCUUCCAGUAUAAUCCUUAUGGUAAAACAUUUACUCGCGAGAGAUAUGAUCACAACGAGAUGCAUUCUCUUCGAAAGCACGCUGUCAGUGUUGCCAAAGAAGCCAAAAAAUAUGGUCUUAUUCUAGGUACAUUGGGUCGUCAAGGAAAACCUCAAAUUCUAGAAUAUUUAGAGCAAUCGAUUAAAGAACAAGGCAAAGAAUCAGUCAAUGUACUUUUAUCAGAGAUUUUCCCUGGUAAACUCGAACAAUUUGAGGAUGUUGAUGCUUGGAUUCAAAUCGCUUGCCCUAGACUUUCCAUUGAUUGGGGAUAUGCUUUCCCUAAGCCUUUAUUGACACCCUAUGAAGCAUCUAUUGUACUAGGAAAAGCAGAAUGGCAAGAUGUGUAUCCUAUGGACUUUUAUGCCAAUGACAGUUUGGGUCCUUGGACACCUAAUCAUGGUCGAGGCAUUCCUCGAAAGAAGAGAACAAUUGGUGCAAACUAAACAAAUGUGUAUAUAUGUGAAAGGGAGUCUGAUCUACCGUUGUCUAGUAUUUUACUAAGGAACAGAUCUCCUAUGAGUAGAAGAAAAAAAAAAAUUAAAUAAAAAGACUAUUGACAUGAAAG